UUUACGUAUUGUCCUAAGCAGGCAGCCGUAGUCUCCAGCUGGAGGCCUCUGUGGUGGAAACAUGUCGCGCGGCUCCAUAGAAAUCCCCCUUCGUGACACCGAUGAGGUCAUUGAGCUUGACUUUGACCAGCUACCAGAAGGGGAUGAAGUUAUAAGUAUCUUGAAACAGGAACAUACCCAGCUGCACAUAUGGAUUGCUUUGGCGUUGGAGUAUUACAAGCAGGGGAAAACGGAAGAUUUUGUGAAGCUUCUAGAGGCUGCACGUAUCGAUGGAAAUUUAGAUUACCGGGACCACGAAAAAGACCAGAUGACAUGUCUGGAUACGCUGGCUGCAUAUUAUGUGCAGCAAGCACGCAAAGAGAAAAACAAAGACAACAAGAAAGAGCUUAUUACGCAAGCUACUCUCCUGUACACCAUGGCCGACAAAAUCAUUAUGUACGAUCAGAACCACUUGCUAGGAAGAGCCUGCUUCUGUCUGCUGGAAGGUGACAAGAUGGACCAGGCAGAUGCACAGUUCCACUUUGUGCUCAACCAGUCUCCAAAUAAUAUACCUGCUCUGCUUGGUAAAGCUUGCAUCUCUUUUAACAAGAAGGACUACAGAGGUGCUCUGGCGUACUAUAAGAAAGCACUUCGUACAAACCCAGGCUGUCCUGCUGGUGUCAGGUUAGGCAUGGGGCACUGCUUUGUAAAACUAAACAAGCUGGACAAAGCUCGCGUGGCCUUUGGACGGGCACUAGAUCUGAAUCCACAGUGUGUAGGUGCCUUGGUUGGUUUGGCUGUUCUGGAACUGAAUAACAAAGAGGCUGACUCCAUAAAAAAAGGUGUCCAGUUACUCUCUAAAGCCUACACAAUAGAUCCUAGUAACCCUAUGGUUCUGAAUCACUUGGCCAACCACUUUUUCUUCAAGAAGGAUUACAGUAAAGUACAGCACUUGGCCCUGCACGCAUUCCACAAUACAGAAGUAGAAGCCAUGCAGGCAGAAAGCUGCUACCAGCUUGCCAGAUCGUUCCAUGUGCAGAAAUAUUUCUUGGCCUCAUUAGACCGCAAGGCUGAAGGUGAACAUGACGAGCAUUACUACAACGCCAUCUCAGUUACUACCACUUAUAACCUUGCACGGCUCUAUGAGUCUCUCUGUGAAUACCAUGAAUCUGAGAGGCUCUACAAGAAAAUUCUGAGAGAGCAUCCCAACUAUGUGGAUUGUUAUUUGCGUCUAGGAGCCAUGGCAAGAGACAAAGGAAAUUUCUAUGAAGCCACUGAUUGGUUUAAGGAAGCUCUACAGAUUAAUCAGGAUCAUCCUGAUGCCUGGUCCUUGAUUGGGAACCUGCACUUGGCAAAACAGGAAUGGGGACCAGGGCAAAAGAAAUUUGAGCGCAUUUUAAAGCAGCCAUCCACGCAGAAUGACACCUACUCCAUGUUGGCACUUGGCAAUGUGUGGCUGCAGACUCUGCACCAGCCCACCAGGGACAGGGAGAAGGAAAAGCGUCACCAGGACAGAGCACUGGCGAUUUAUAAGCAGGUCCUGAGAAAUGACGCAAAGAAUCUCUUUGCAGCAAAUGGCAUAGGGGCCGUUUUGGCACACAAGGGUUAUGUGCGGGAAGCACGUGACGUAUUUGCCCAAGUCAGGGAGGCAACAGCAGACAUCAGCGACGUAUGGCUGAACCUGGCCCAUAUCUACGUGGAACAGAAGCAGUACAUCAGCGCAGUUCAGAUGUAUGAAAAUUGUCUGCGGAAGUUUUACAAACACCAAAACACUGAAGUCCUGCUGUACUUGGCCCGUGCUCUCUUUAAAUGUGGCAAAUUGCUUGAGUGUAAACAGAUCUUACUCAAGGCCAGACAUGUGGCACCCAAUGAUACAGUCCUGAUGUUUAAUGUGGCUUUAGUGCUUCAGAGACUAGCAACCUCUGUCUUGAAAGAGGAAAAGAGUAACCUAAAGGAAGUAUUAAAUGCUGUGAAGGAGCUAGAACUGGCUCACAGGUAUUUCAGUUAUUUGACCAAAGUAGGAGACAAAAUGAGGUUUGACUUGGCAUUGGCGGCUACAGAAGCACGGCAGUGCUCAGAUCUGCUGAGUCAAGCUCAGUACCAUGUGGCUCGUGCCCGCAAGCAAGAUGAAGAGGAGAGAGAGCUACGGGCCAAACAGGAACAUGAGAAGGAACUCUUGCGUCAGAAACUAAUGAAGGAACAGGAAGAGAAGAGACUCAAAGAAAUCGAGGAGCAGAAGAAACUUCUGGAACAAAGAGCUCAGUAUGUGGAGAAAACAAAGAAUAUCCUUCAGUUCACCGGGGAGAGUGAAGGACCAAAAGAGAAGAAGCGAGGCGGUGGUGGCGGAAGGAGAAGCAAAAAAACAGGGGAGUUUGAUGAAUUUGUUAACGAUGGCUCUGAUGAAGAUUUGCCUGCCAAGAAGAGAAAGCGAAAGAAGGGCCAUAGUAGCAGUGAGCAAGAGGGAGGAGAAACGCAAGACGGAGAGAAGAAGAAGAAAAAGAGGAGGCGACCACAGAGAACUACAGAGGGAUCAGAUGAUGAUGAUCAGCCUUCACAACCUAGAAAACGCCAGCCGAAAAAGAAAGAGAAGCCAGUUAAAGUUGUUGAUCGUACUCCUCCUUCAAUGAAAGGUAAAAUCAAAUCUAAAGCCAUCAUCUCAUCUAGCGAAGAUUCCUCUGAUGAAGAUAAACUUAAAAUUGCAGUUGAUGGAAACGCCAGGAACAGCAACAGUGAUUCAGACGACCAAGUCAGAAAUUCAAGGAAGAAAAUUAUGUCAGAUAGUGAUUCUGACAACCAGAAUAAAUCAGGCAGUGAGGGAGGGAGCCCGCAAAGAUCCCAACAGUCUGACGAGGAUUCUGAUAACGCAUGGGCAAGGAAGAGACAAAGAUCCGUUUCUGGUUCUGACGAGGGUUCAGUGCAGUCCAAGCGAAGCCGCAGUGGUGGAUCAGAUGUGGAUUCUGUCAAAGACUCAGACAGGGGGUCCGACAAUGAGGGCUCAGCCAGACACUCUGAAAAUGAAUCCGACCAAGGAGGGUAUAAUAAUGAGAAAUCAGAUCGUGGCUCUGAUGAUAGUGACUAAAUGUUUUCAUUUCUUCGACCUUACUGUAAAUAUUUUUCCCUUGUUUAAAAGAAAAGAGAGAGAGAUUUUUAACAUUCAAUGAUUGUCCACGUGAAUUUGUUACAAUAUUUUUUUAUUUUCAGAGGUACUUAUUUUAUGCAAAUAAAUUAACUCUCUUGUUACAGCUUUAAUUACCGUACACUAAAUACAUUGUGUGUAUAAAAUGUGAUGCAUUUAAAAUAAUGCAAGUGACUGCAUCAGGAAAAAAAUGGAUUGGAUUGAAUUAUUGCUCAAUGUGAAUAAGUCAAAAGUAUGAUCCUCCCUUUCUUUUCUUUUUUCUUUCUUUUGAGAUAUAUAUAUAUAUAUAUAUAUAUAUAUAUAUAUAUACUCUUGAUCAAACUGUACAUUUUAAUUAAUUUAGGAAUGUGUAGUUGUACGUUCUGUUUGUUAUAUGAACAGUUAACUAUAAUUUGCUUGAAGCUGCGCUUUGUAUUGAUUGAUGAAGACAAGGAAUUUGUUCGUUUGUGAUAUAAUUUUUUUUCCCCUUUAAAUAUCUGUCAUUUAGUAAAUGAUGUAUUUCUCUGAACUGGAUUGUCAGUAAUGAAAAUUUAGAAAAUGUGUAGUAGUUAAAUCAAGCCAUGUUUAUAAGCUCCAGCCAUUGUCAAAGCCUUAGAUAGACCUAUUUAAAGGGACACUAAACCCCAAUUUUUUCUUUAAUAAUUCAGAUAGAGCAGCAAUUUUAAGAAACGUUCUAAUUUACUCCAUUAUCAUUUUUUUUUCUCCGUUCUCUUGCUAUCUUUAUUUAAAAAGCAGGAAUGUAAAGCUUAGCAGCCGGUCCAUUUUUGGUUCAGGACCUGGGUUACGCUUGCUUAUUGGUGGCUAUGCAGGGUGCUAAACCUAAAAUGGGUCGGCUCCUAAACUUUACACCCUUGCUUUUUAAAUAAAGAUAGCAAGAGAAUGGAGAAAAAUUGAUAAUAGGAAUAAAUUAGAGAGUUGCUUAAAAUUGCAUGCUCUAUCCAUUCAUUAAAGAAAUAAAAAAAUGGGUGCAGUAUCCCUUUUUAAUGAGCAUACCAGCCAGCUGAUUUUACUGACCACCCAGUUAAAAUUUAAGCUAAUAAAAAAACUAAAAUGACAAAUAUAUUUUUCUUUUAUUUCAUUUGAUGUUAAAUUAUGUAAUUCAUGUGUGCUAGUUUGAAAUAUUAUAACUUCCUGUUAUUUAUAAAUAUUAAAGUAUUACACUGACCCCACCAAGCUUCUUCAGAAUGCCACCUGGCUGGCAGAAUGUUCUGUGAUAAAAACGGUAUUGUGCAUAUGAAAGAGCAAUAUCAUUGUUAUAUAUGUUUUGUUUUAUUGAUUUAAAAACGUACAGGAAGGGCCUGUUUGUUUGAGAGCUCUGUUUAGUAGUCAGUGAGCAACAAAUUUCACGUUUGAGGCUUUUGAUGUCAACCAACUGAACAUAAUUAUGUAUUUUUCUGCAUAGAUCUACAUAUAAAUGAUAAAAUAUCUGAACUGCAACAAAAAAUGUUCCCUGAGGCUUGAAUAAGUUAGUGUCUUAGGUUGAAACUUCUCAAGUCAAACAUCAUCUUCCUCUGUUUUAUAUCCUUCCUAUUAAAUUUCUAUCAGGUGCAACAGUAAUGUAUUAAACGAUUUAAUAGUAAAA